GAAACCAAAUGAUAUGGAUUUGGAAGAAAAGGACCAUGAGCAUGACAAAGAGGUAAAAGUUAUGACAACAGGCGUUGAACAAAACGCGGAGCAGCAGGAAAAGCCCCAGGUGAAGCAGAAGACUAAAAGGAUUGCAACCUUAGAUUCCUUCAGGGGCCUCACCAUAGUGUUGAUGAUCCUGGUAGACGAUGCUGGAGUAGCUUACCCACGCAUAGAUCACUCCCCAUGGAAUGGAUGUACUUUGGCCGAUUUUGUUAUGCCUUUCUUUCUUUUCAUUGUUGGGGUUGCCAUUGCCCUCGCUUUUAAGAGAGUCCCCAAGACGAAGGAUGCAGUGAAGAAGAUAAUUGUCAGGACAUUGAAGCUCAUAUUCUGGGGUAUUCUUCUGCAAGGUGGCUACUCUCAUGCUCCUGAUGCCCUCUCCUAUGGAGUUAACAUGAAGCUAAUCAGAUGGUGUGGCAUUCUCCAGAGAAUAGCUCUUGUUUACUGCGUGAUUGCUCUGAUAGAAACAUUCACCGCCAAGCACAGACCAACUUCCUUAAGCCCUGGGCUCCUCUCCAUUUUCAAAGCAUAUAAAUGGCAAUGGUUAGGGAGCUUUGUGGCGCUCCUCAUAUACAUGAUCACAGCGUAUACACUCUACGUGCCAGAUUGGAGCUUUGUGGAUCGUAAUGAAGAUGAACAUAAGAGAUACACUGUCAUUUGCGGAGUCAGAGGAGACCUAGAACCUGCAUGUAACGCCGUUGGAUAUGUGGACCGACAAGUUUGGGGAGUUAACCAUCUGUAUUCCUAUCCUGUUUGGAGACGUCUCAAGGUGUGCACAUUCAGUUCCCCAGAUGAAGGUCCUCUGCGCGAUGAUGCUCCAACUUGGUGCCGUGCUCCCUUUGAACCGGAAGGCUUGUUAAGCUCUGUAUCUGCUAUCAUGACCGGGACCAUCGGCGUGCAUUAUGGGCAUGUCUUGAUUCACUUCAAGGGUCACUCCGAGAGGCUCAAGCAGUGGGUCUCAAUGGGGUUUGCAUUACUCAUUGUAGCCAUCAUUCUCCAUUUUACAGACGCCAUUCCACUUAACAAGCAACUCUACAGCUUCAGCUACGUUUGUUUCACAGCAGGGGCUGCUGGUAUUGUGUUUUCUGGGUUUUACGUGCUGAUCGAUGUGUGGGGGCUUCGGACUCCAUUCUUGUUCUUGGAGUGGAUAGGAAUGAACGCAAUGCUGGUGUUUGUGUUGGGGGCACAAGGCAUCCUUGCAGCAUUUGUCAAUGGAUGGUACUACGAAGAUCCACCGAACUCACUGGUACACUGGAUCCAUAAGCACGUGUUUGUGAAUGUUUGGAACUCAGAAAAAGUGGGGACUCUUUUAUAUGUUAUAUUUGCUGAGAUUGGUUUCUGGGCUGUGGUCUCUGGAAUAUUGCACAAGUUGGGAAUAUACUGGAAACUAUAAAUGAAGAAUCGGUGAUUCUUGUCCGUUUAUUCAACUCUCUCAUUAUUUUUGUUUUUGGUGGUCUAUGCACAACGGUCCCAUUGUUCUUUAUUUCCAUAGUCCUUUCCGUA